AUGGGCACUCACGCAAUGAGAUUCAGGUCCAAGCGAGUCUCGACUCCAGAUACCACAUUCACAUGCAGCUCGCUGGUUUUCUUCGCUUCUGGCUCGAAGGACGCGAAUGAUGUCCACUCGGUCCCGCGCGGCCGCCAGAUGCAACGCGGUCUGUCCCUCCUCUGUGCGCGCCGCGAUUCUCGCGCCGUAGUCGAGCAAGCAUGUCACCAUCUCGGGAGUCGAUACGAGACAAUCUACAUGGAGAGGUGUCCGCUUGGUGCAGUGGCGGCGAUUCACAUCAACACCUUUCUCUUUGGGGUAGUCUUCGACGGCCUGCAGAUCGCCAGAUACGAUCGCUUGACAUAG